UCUUGUCGAUUUACUUGAAACUAAACCGACUCACACAACAAUGGCUGAAGUUCCCACCUUCAAGCUCGUCCUCGUUGGCGACGGCGGUACCGGAAAGGCACGUUCAUCUCCUCCUCUCCAUCUCGCUUUGUCCAUCGACCGGCGCAUCACCACUUUCGUCAAGCGUCACUUGACUGGAGAGUUCGAGAAGAAGUACAUCGCCACUCUCGGUGUCGAAGUUCACCCUCUUGGUUUCACCACCAACCUCGGCCAGAUCCAGUUCGAUGUUUGGGACACCGCAGGUCAGGAGAAGUUCGGUGGUCUCCGUGAUGGUUACUACAUCAACGGCCAGUGCGGUAUCAUCAUGUUCGAUGUCACCUCGCGUAUCACCUACAAGAACGUUCCCAACUGGCACCGUGAUCUUGUCCGUGUCUGCGAGAACAUCCCUAUUGUUCUCUGCGGUAACAAGGUCGAUGUCAAGGAGCGCAAGGUCAAGGCCAAGACCAUCACCUUCCACCGCAAGAAGAACCUCCAGUACUACGACAUCUCUGCCAAGUCCAACUACAACUUCGAGAAGCCCUUCCUGUGGCUCGCAAGAAAGCUUGUCGGCAACCAGACCCUUGACUUCGUCGCUGCCCCCGCCCUUGCUCCUCCUGAGGUCCAGGUCGACGAGGCCGUUCUCAAGCAGUACCAGCAGGAGAUGGAAGCCGCCUCCAACAUGCCCCUCCCCGACGAGGACGAUGCCGACCUUUAAGCGAUUUCGCCAAAAAGGAUUCAGAGUUCGAUCUCUCAAUAAUCGAAUUUCUCAUCGUUCAAAAUCCCAACGACGCGCCCUCCCGUCAUUAUCAAAAUGCACUCGCGGAGGAAACAUGAAUCGCGGCGGAUUACACAAGGGGCAGACCGCAUCUGCGCGCGUCCAUGGCUGAUAUUGACCUAAUGACUCUGGGGAGAAGGAAUGGGUUUUUUGCUUUCUUCCAUCAAUGAAAAACAACACAACCACAACCACAUCAAAAGAACCUUCUGGUGGCACAUGAUACGAAAGUAAACCUGGCAUUUCUUUGGAAUCUGCAGCGUUGACGCUUUUUUUCUUCAUUCUUCUCUACUUUUAUACCAGCAGCCUCACCCCCGAAAGAAUUACUCCACCACCACCCCAUGAUUGUUAUUCUGCAAAAGUUUACACACAAGAUCGAGAAAUUAGAAUGCAUUCUUUCUG